AUGGCUCGCCAAUAAUGGCAAUUGGGUGGCAUAAUAAUUACACAACAGGACAAAAAUCAAACAAAAAAAAUAAUUCUAUUGAAAAGAAGAAGUGUAAUGUGUAAUGUUAAUAGUUGCUAUAUUUAUGUAAAGGAGGGUUCAUCCAAGAGCGUAACGUGACUUCACAUGGCUGAUGAUGGCCCAGACUUUUCCUUGUCUGUCGUCGCACAUCGCAGUACCUAAACUUCAUAUAGUUCCUUAAAACCAACUUCUUCUAUAUGGUUAACAACAACAACGAAAACUUCUUCUGCAUGUUCAAAAACAACAAAUUCCUGUAUAUACUUUUGCUUGAUUGGUUAAUAUAGGUUAAAUAUGUCAUAUGUGUAAACAAAAAGAAAGAUUAAUUGGAUAGUGUUUGGAAGAUUCAGUUAUAUACGUAGAACAAAUAAGUUAUCAAAUUGUUAGUAGUUUAAUGGUAGUAGAAUUAGGUCGGUUCUUUUGUGUGUUCAGCUUGAAUCUUGUAUUAUGGUGCAAAAAUCUUAUCAUUGAAAUAUGAAUUUUUACAAACUGAUUACAGGUAUGUAAGAGAUUAUGAACUUAAAGUGCAGAACUUAUAAUGUUAAUAACAAAAAAACAAUUUAAUUUGGCGUUUUCAUACAUGCAUGAGAUCAAACAAAUAUCUCAGAUGAUAUAUCUUCUCUUUUUAAAAGUAAUGAAAUGUCUACAUGUAAACCUAUUACAAAAGAAAAAAGGUUGCAUAUCCAAAGCACGGGAAGAUAUUAUAAUGAGAAGCCUAACUAUAGUUAGGACGGAUAUUUGAGUGUAGAUAACUGAGAUAUCCAAAUCCAAUAAGAGAGGGAUGAGAAGAUUCAUUUGCAGGCUGUCCUUAUGAUAGUGACAAGUCACAUUCAUGAAUUCAAAUUAGGAAAGGAAGACGGUGUGAACUAUAUAUGAUUGUGAUUGAUUAUUAUUAUCGUCUCCUCUGGAAGUUUUUAACAAGACACUCGUGCAAACGGGCCCAUACAAGCAUUAUCCAACCACCACCACCUUUUUUUGCACAGAUCAUUUUCAAAAUAACUAUUUGGUGUUUAGAUUAUCUAUAUUCCUUUGAUGAUCACACAAAUACGAAAGAAUAUACGCUCACGAAUUAAGUAAUUACAAUCCAUACACCCAUGCACGUCGGUGUUUAUCAACACCCAAAGUUGAAGGAGAUGUGUGACAAAAUAUCUUAGUUUUGAUUCUUCUCGCCUAACCAAAGAUCUAAGUGGGUACCUCAAUGAUAUUUUUUUUGUUUUAAAAUGAAAGAAAUUUAGUUAUGAAAACAAAGACAUGAGAUUAGCAGUUUAGGUUAGGUACAUACAUGCAUAGCGAACUCUAUAAUGGGAUACGUCGCUAUCGAAAUAAAAGAACAUUAAGUAGGCUUCGAUGGAACAAAUGAACGUUGUCCCCUUCACGUGGCUUUUACUUUCACAAGUCUAAACCCUAUUUCAUUUGACCUAUCUAUCUCUCUCCCUCUAUAUAUAUACAACUUCAGCUUCUUCCUCUAUCUCAAAACCCAUCAACAAUGGCUGCCACCUACCAUGUUAGAUCUUGUAGCUUACCAGCUCGGCUACACUCAAAUGGUCUCAACCAUAUUCAGCAACUCCUCAUCAAGCUUCCUACAGAUGAUAAAAGUAGCCUCUCGUUUCUCUCAGAGCUCUAUGACUCUCUUUCUAAUCUCUUUAAAGAGUCACCAGCUUCAUUACUACUCCCUCAUCACUCCUUUUUCACACACCUUCUUGAUCUUUCCCUUGUACACCUUGACUUGUGCUCCAAGCUAAGAGACAUCACUUGCCGCAUCAAGGACAGUAUCCGAGACCUCCGUUCUGCUUUCAGACGGAGGAGACACGGUGGAGAUUCUACGAUCCAAUGCCACGUCAAAGCCUUUACCCGCUCUCGGAGAUUGAUUCAUAAGGAUCUUGCUAAGCUACUCUUGUUGCUCAAACAAACCGAACAUUCCUCCUCAGAGUCAACUCAUCCUUUGAUCACACUGCUCCGACAAGUUUGUUCCCAAACAUGUCUUUCCUUUAGGACAGUAUUGUUGUCCUUAUCCUCACCUGUACCGAAGCCCAUGCCUUCCAAAUGGGCUUUAGUCACCAAACUGAUGAUCAAGAACGAUACUAACACAAAUGCUCAAGUUCAGACAAAGGAGUUCCAGAUGAUGGAUGAGGAGCUACAAAGCCUCUCCAUGGCGAAAGAGAUAAAGAAGGAACGAAUCAAGUCUUUGAUCACAACCUUGGACAACGUAGAUGUUGCAGUUGAAGAACUAGAAUCGUCGCUUGAAACCUUGUACAGGCGUAUGAUACAAGCAAGAGUCUCUAUUUUGAACACACUCUCAAUGCAUGUAUGAUUUUAAUUAGAACUCCAUUCACUAGAUUCUCAAUUGUGUAUGUAUACAACUUCACUCAUAUUUUUUGAUGAAA